CCUAAUCUCAACCGUCCAUUCAACAAGCUUUUCUUUAAAUUCCCCCUCAAAAUCCUGUCCCCCACGCCACUUGAUUUAUUCUUUUCUUCUCUUGCCGUGUCUCCAGGGCUUUCUGUUAUAUUCUUUCCUCUCCAGACCAAAACAAACAGAGCCAAAGCAGUUUGAUCGAGUAACUAAGAAAGAUAGAAAAGGAAUGUUUGGAAGAGCACCGAGCAAGAGUGAUAAUACGAGGUAUUAUGAGAUUCUGGGUGUUUCCAAGAACGCUUCCCAGGAUGAUUUGAAGAAAGCUUACAAGAAAGCCGCCAUUAAAAACCAUCCUGACAAAGGCGGUGAUCCUGAAAAGUUUAAAGUGUUAGCUCAUGCUUAUGAGGUAUUGAGUGAUCCUGAGAAACGUGAGAUAUAUGAUCAGUAUGGUGAGGAUGCUCUCAAGGACGGAAUGGGCGGCGCUGCUGGGGCUCAUGACCAGUUCGAUAUCUUCUCGUCCUUCUUCGGUGGUAGCCCCUUUGGAGGAGGUAGCAGUCGUGGAAGAAGACAGAGACGGGGAGAGGAUGUGAUUCAUAAUCUGAAGGUUUCUCUAGAGGACCUUUACCUUGGGACAUCAAAGAAGCUUUCUCUUUCCCGCAAUAUCUUAUGCUCGAAGUGCAAUGGCAAAGGGUCGAAAUCAGGUGCUUCAAUGCAGUGCCCUGGUUGCCAGGGUUCUGGUAUGAAGGUCUCAAUCAGGCACCUUGGUCCUUCCAUGAUUCAGCAAAUGCAACAUCCCUGCAAUGAAUGCAAGGGUACUGGUGAGACAAUCAAUGACAAGGACCGCUGUCCUCAGUGCAACGGCGAGAAGGUUGUUCAGAAGAAGAAGGUGCUGGAAGUCAUUGUAGAGAAGGGUAUGCAGCAUGGACAGAAGAUUACAUUCCCAGGCGAAGCAGAUGAAGCGCCUGAUACCAUUACUGGGGACAUAGUCUUUGUCCUUCAGCAGAAGGAACAUCCAAAAUUCAAGAGAAAGGAAGAAGACCUGUUUGUGGAACAUACCUUGUCUCUGACUGAGGCUUUGUGUGGCUUCCAAUUUGUACUUACCCAUCUAGACGGCCGACAACUUUUAAUCAAGUCAAACCCUGGGGAGAUAGUGAAGCCUAAUUCCUUCAAGGCAAUCAAUGAUGAGGGGAUGCCCCUGUACCAGAGGCCAUUCAUGAAGGGCAAAUUGUUCAUUCACUUCACUGUUGACUUUCCUGAUUCUCUGAGCCCUGAUCAGGUUAAAGCACUUGAGGCUAUCCUGCCGCGAAAGCCAACCUCUCAGUUGACUGAUAUGGAGCUAGAUGAGUGUGAGGAGACCACGCUACAUGAUGUGAAUAUUGAAGAGGAGAUGAGGAGGAAGCAUCAGGCAGCACAGGAAGCUCUUGAUGAAGAGGAGUUGCAUGGUGGUGCCCAGAGGGUGCAAUGCACACAGCAGUGAUGAUGAAGAAAACAAUCAGAAGCUUAUCUGAUAGUAUUCAUAUACUGAGGAAUACGGAAGCUGACCUUUGUAGUAGUUGAAGUGGGAGUUUAUGGUUUGUUGCGAGACAUGUCUUGCAUGGGUGGUCAGUGAGUGGUUGUGUCCUUGUUUCCAGACAUGAGCAGAAGAUAUAGGAUACUCUAUGAAUCUUGUAUUUGUGAUCUUUUCUUGGCAAAGAUUGCCAUUCUCAUAUAAUGUUUCUUGCUGGCAAAUUGGAAAAUAUGGAAAAUAUGUUCGCCGUUGAUCAACUGUUAUACAAUUUUAGAUAUGAAAGAUUCUUUGGUGCCUGCUGCUAGAGAA